AUGUCUCUACAAUACGAUGCCGAAUUUGCAAAGCAGGCUGCUCCCAUUCUACAGCACCUUGCCAAUGUCCCCAAGCCCCCGGUCAACGAUGUUUCCGCAAGACGUGACUUCCUUGGCGCCAUGACGAACGAGCAAUUCAGUCUGCCCGACGACGUCGAGCAUCUUGUUCACAGUGUCACAGGGCCAGAUGGUCACAGUGUGCCCAUCUACCACUUCCGCAAGAAGCUUGCGUCUGGGAGUGGGGAGCCGGCCAUUGUCCAUAUUCACGGCGGCGGGUACAUCGCCUUAAGUGCAGCCGGAUGCGCAGCUCCUCAUGGCGCAUCAGUCUCUCAGACUGGAGUUCAAGUUCUCAGUAUUGACUAUCGUCUGGCGCCCGAGAACCCAUACCCAGUCCCACUGGAUGAUUGCUGGGCUGCGCUGCAAUGGGUUUACAGAAAUGCGGAAAACAUGUCAAUUGAUCCCGCUCGCAUCGCAGUAAUGGGCGAAAGUGCUGGCGGGGGGUUGGCCGCCGCCUUGACUCUGCUGGCGCGAGAUCAGAAAUUAUCACCACCUCUGGCGAAGCAAAUUCUGGUGUAUCCCAUGCUGGAUGAUCGAACGAAGACGAACCAUGCGGGAGAGCUCGCUUUCUGGGACAAAAUGGACAACAUGACAGGAUGGACUGCGUAUUUGGGACCACAGGCUGGAAGCGACGAGAUCGUUCCGUAUGCUGCGCCGGCUCGAGUACAAACAGUGGAAGGCCUGCCGCCGUUGUAUCUCGACUGUCCGCAACUUGAUAUCUUUGUGCACGAGGGAAUGGAGUAUGCGCGGCGGUUUGUGGCUGCCAACAUCCCCACUGAAUGCCAUAUAUACCCCGGUCUGCCGCAUGGGUUUGAAGCGCUGGCAGCCGACAUCAGUGUCACUAGACGGGCAAUCGCCAAUCGCCACAAGGCGAUGACUAGCUUUUGA